GUACUAACUACUAUCUUUCCAUUGUUUUUCUCAAUAUGGGAUGCAGGUGGCAGUGUAUUAUAGCUCUGCUUUUCUGUUACAGACCUUCAAUGUCGGUGUCAAGGUACCUUAAAGUGUGUUGUUGUGAUAGACGUUACUUCUGGAGCACCAGAGCAGAGAAUCCAGUCUGAUGGCAGGGUUUCAUUUAGUUUCUCUUUAGUGUAGUUGUAGUUUCAAGUGCAGCCAGGUUCAUUUCUGUGUUUUACAGGUAAGGUCAUCUUUUCCUUUUAUUAUUUAUGCCCAGAGAUAUAUUUUAUGACAUAGUGAAUGUUUAUGAUGAAAGGCAUUUGUGCACAUGAUCCUCUCUUAACAGUUUAACAGGAAAAUUGCAUGGAUUUACCUGAACGGUGUAAACUGGAAGAAUCAUUCUUUCUGUUGACAAGUGUGUAUCUAUUUCGGCUCAUUCAACCAAUUCUGAAUAUCCACAACUAAAUGAUGACUGUGCUUUAGAUACCGGGAGAUGGAUGGUAAAUCAUCCAUAGAUUCAGGAUUUGGAGUGAAAUGGAAAAAAAGUAAAGUAAAACAAGGAGGAAAAAGAAAAAUUAGGGAACAAGAUGGAGAGAAGUGUGUUUCAUGUAAAGGGAAAUGGUUCACGCCCAGAAAGUUUGAGAAGUUUGGAGGAAAGGGGAAUAACAAGAAGUGGAAGAGUAGCAUCUUUUACAAGUCAUCAAAUGGCCGUCAACAAGUGCAAACAGAGAAACUCAUACAGGUGACACAGACAGAUAGAUGUGAUUUCACUGCCAGUAAGGAAAACAAUCGCAGAAAUAAUACUGAAAUACCUGUGUGUGGAAGUGAAGAGGACACAGUGACGAAGGGAACAAUUCAGCAGGACAAUUCUUCAGACGAGUCCAUAUCUGUUGCUGAAAGAGUCAAACUGAACAGGAGGGAACCUAUAAAUUCAACUGAAACUGUCAGUGAAACGAUCACAAAACAUAUAGGAUCUACUGGGAAUGAUAGAGAUUCACCUGCUCAUCCCACCAAUGCUACAGAAGCUGCUGUAUCUCCUGUCAUAGAGGAGCCUGAUCAGACCUCAAAUGAAGCAGCAACAGAAGCAGCAGCUCAGCUGAACUUCAGUGAUUCUCCUGCUGAAUGGCAGAAUCCUGUUGCUUCUGAAGAGACUGAGAAGGCAGGCCAGAUGCAGUUAUUUGAAUUUCUGGAAAAUCAGUUUAAUACCAUUAACAACACCCUACAAUCAAUUGAUUUGUCUUUGAAGAAGCUGGUGGAAAUGCAGUCACAAAUCACACUGCCUCAAUACAUCAGUCUAACUCCUGCUGUUAUUGAAAAUCCCCAGAUUUACUCCCCAGUCAAGGAGGAGCAAAUCACUGAAGUUGUAAUGACAUGAUUAAAAAUAUGAGUGAAAAACUAAGGUCUGAGAUUAAAGAAAAAUUGAGUGAAUACUGAUGAGAGAAAGAAGUAGAACUGUGGUCUGAGAUGUUAUGAUUUUAAAAAUACAUGUAAGGUAUAUCCAUAGAUAUGUAUAGAUGCCCCACUCGACCGCUCCAAGCAUGUAGAUGCCUCCGUCAUGUUGUAACAGUCAACUUGACGUCAUUCACCAUACUAUGGGUUCGCAGACCAUCGGCCAUCUUCGAAUAUUCAUUGAUUACUAUGGUGAAUGACCAAAGCCACUAGAAGGCAAGCCUGCAACCUUUAGCCAAAAAAAGUUUAAUGGCUAAAGCUAAUGCUGCGGCGCAGGGAUGGAGACCAGACGCCGUUUUUUUGAAUGGAUGUCAAUGGAGGAGAGGCUUCACUACGCUGAAUAAACAGCUUUUUUUUAAGGAAAUAGCUUAUCAUUUAUUGAAUCAAUAGCCUAUCGGCUAAUCUAAAUAAUAGUUUUGGAUUGAAUUAUUUUUAGAAUUUAAACAAAAAAAAUGACAUUUUCUAAAAGAAGUCACUGACACUGGAUUCAGCUGACGGCACUUUCCAUUCAUUCCUAUCCUUAAAUGCCAAUUGAGUGUCGCACAACUCUGACUGGAACUUAGUGACGUCAAAGCUGGAAUGUGAUUGGUUAUCAGGGCACACGUGAUCCAAGUUGACCGUUACACUUUCUCCAAUAGUAAGUAAUACAGACCCUCUAAUCUCCUAGUAGUAAGACAAUCUCUGGAAUGAUGUCAAGAUGUCACCAUUACAAUAUGGCCCAUCUACAUAUACAUAUCUACUGUGGGUAUAUCUACAUUAAUAAUGACAACAAAUAUAAUAGGUUCUAUUUAAUGUGUAAAAGCUCAAAUAAACGGCAUGUCACUUAAUCAUUUAAAGUUACAAACAAAAUUACAACAUAAAAAUAGAGCAGUUUACAUUUCAGUUUCAUUUCUGUGUCAGUGUGUAUCUGAAGCAAAUACAGUAGAUCAAAAUCCCUGUAUCUGCACUCUGGUGUAAUGAAGGGAGGAGUUUUACUAUUGUCUGUUGUUCUCUCAUUCCUUCCUGACACAUUCCUUUUCUAGUUUCUAGUUUUCUG